AUGGAGAACAUGAAGCUUGAGGAUCCGGAGGCGGCCCAUCCAAUGCUCAAGCAGCCGCUUGAAAGGGUACGGGAUUGGUUUUCCGGAGUCCGGGCUGGGGAAUCGCAUUACGGCUUGCUUCAAGGCAAUGAAGCGGGCUCAUCGACAGACCUGCCGAUGGCAGAAUCAUCAGGGAGGUCAUCGCCCUUUUCAAGACUUUCGACCAGCUGGCGCCCUAUGAGUCCAAAGGCCUUCUUCUGGGUACUGGUGCCAUCUUACAUCGCUCGCAUUUUUGGCCACGCCACGGAGAACUCGAUAAUCCCAGCUCCGAACAAAACAUCCUAUCUAAAUGGUCUUCGCGGCAUCGCGUCACUUAUCGUGGCCCUUCAACACACGAUAGAUGGAGAUUAUCCGCUCAUUCACCGCGCAUGGGGCGAUAGCGAAGAAAGUGUCUACGUGGUCCAGCUCCCGUUCAUCCGCCUCAUACAUAGCGGAGUCUUCAUGGUAUCGGUUUUCUUCGUCAUCAGCGGCUUUGCUCUCACGUAUGGGCCCUUGAGCAAGUCUUACGCAGCCCAAAGCGCGCCAGGCGGACAAGGCCCAAACCCCAUCAGCUCUUUUCCAUCUAGCAUCUUCCGGCGUCCGUUCCGACUCUUCCUCCCGACUAUACCUAUCAUCGCGGUCUCUACCGCUUUGGUUCCUUUCAGUGCAUUUUAUGCCCUCAACAGCACCGAACCUAUGGGGCCUGUUGCCGAUGGCUUCUGGAGCCAUGUAUACUACGUCUGGACCACGUUGAUAACCAUCAUCACCUCCGGCUCGGCCAAUACUGUCAUGCCCCAGGGCUGGACUCUGGCAGCCGAGUACCAAGGAUCGCUGCUUGUGUUCCUGGCUUGUAUGGCUUUCAUUAGAAUGUCACCUAUGGUGCGAUUGCCAGCCACUGUCCUACUUCUCAUCUACUCCUUCAACCUUCAGAGAGCAACGAACUGUCUGUUUAUCGCGGGAAUGUUCAUCGCCGAUUUCCGACUUUUCCGGGCGAAGCUGCCAGACUUACCAAAAAUGGUCCGUACGGCCGUCACCGUCACAUCAUGGCUGCUGCUUGUGCCCAUUAUCUUCUUGGGCUGCUGGCCGAUGCAUGGCGACGCUACCCAAGCCCCUAUUUAUUCGUGGUUUGCUGGCUUCAACACGUUUGGCUUCGGUGUGCAUCCAUUCUUCCAAGGCACAUGUGCCGUAGCUCUGGUACUAGUAUUGGAGAACCUGCCUGUCUUACAGCGUGUUCUCAAUACGAAGCCGGUACUGUACCUGGGAGAAGUCAGUUUCAGUUUCUACUUGGUGCAUUGGGGCUGCGGUAAGAAUUUCCUCAGUUAUGGUCUGAAGCUCAAGAUGUUGGCAGCCGGGUACAGCUUGAUCGUUUCGUGGAGCACGCUUUUCGUUAUCGCCAUGCUGUCGAUCAUAGUGCUCGGGGAUCUUCACUGGCGGCUUGUUGAUCAGAAAUCCGUGACCUUUUCACAUUGGCUAGCCAAGAGACUUGGUGUAUCGUAG